AUGAACCUGAACAAGGCCGCUCGCGUCAUCCUCUUCGGUGCACCUGGCGUUGGUAAAGGGACUCAGAGCGAGCGAUUGCUCGCUCGCUUUCCUCAGCUCAAUCAGAUUAGUACCGGUGAUCUCUUGCGUCGAAAUGUCAAGGAGAGGACACCCCUCGGUAGGAUUUCCCCCUCAGUUGGUGCAUUUAGGCGGAAUGCUAAUGGUGGUAUAGGCAUCAAGGUCGAGAAUACGAUGAAGGCGGGCGGACUUGUUGCUGAUGAUCUUAUCCUGCGACUUAUUUCCAACGAAUUCUUCUCUCGGGGAUGGCUCGCCAAGAAUGGAGGUCCGAAUGUCAUGACGCUUAAUUCUGAAGCGACGGCGAUGGAGGCUUCUUUCAACAGCGCUGCUUCUGAUCCGUUCAUCAAUGCUCCGUUCCUCGACGGCCACCGUCCUUCCAAGGCAUCCAACGACCCCUCCGCUUCGUUCAUCCUCGAUGGCUUCCCACGCACAGCUUCUCAAGUAGGCCCUCUCGACAAGCUCAUCCCGAUCAAUCUCGUCGUCUCGCUCAAGACCCCCGUAUCCGUUAUUCUCGAGCGAAUCCUCGGACGCUGGGUCCACGAGCCUUCCGGUCGAGUCUACAACACCAGCUUCAAUGCGCCCCGAGUCCCUGGAAUCGACGACGUGACCGGCGAGCGAUUGAUCCAGCGCCCUGAUGAUUCCGAGGAAGUUUACAGAGCACGAUACAAGAAGUUCCAAGAGACCAGCGAGCCUGUUCUGAACCACUACGCCCAGAAGGGCGUGCUCGUCGAGAUUGAGGGCAUGAGCAGCGAUGAAAUCACCCCAAAGCUAUUUGCAGAGUUCGAGAAGCGCUUCGUCCAUUGA